AUUCCUUCUUCUGCUUGUAGCUUUCGCUGGGAAAUUUCGAGUUCCGAUGAUGGGUCGGUGGGGAAACCCAUAUCGGCUCCUGUUCUGUCUCGAAGUUGGUUUGAUGCUCGUGUUAAAUGAUUUGGAUGGUGAAAGCACAAGGUGGUCCAGGACAAAUGGAUGUUGACCUCACUCUGAGUUCAAGGGUAGAUGCUGUGAAGCCUUGUAAAACAUUGGCUAUACUUGACCAGGCGACUGAUCUUUUAAAAGCUGGUGUACCUGUUAUUAUGUUAGCAGCUGGAGAACCUGAUUUUGAUACACCUUCUGUCAUAGCAGAGGCUGGAAUUAAUGCUAUUCGAGAAGGCUAUACAAAAUAUACAUCAAAUGCCGGCACAUUGGAACUCCGCACAGCGAUCUGUCAGAAGCUAAAAGAGGAGAAUGGCAUCUCAUAUACACCAGAUCAGGUUGUUGUUAGUAAUGGUGCCAAACAGAGCAUUCUUCAGGCAGUUUUGGCGGUCUGUUCUCCAGGAGAUGAGGUUAUAAUUCCAGCUCCCUUUUGGGUGAGUUACCCAGAAAUAGCACGGCUUGCUGACACCACACCUGUUAUUGUUCCGACAAGCAUCUCUGGGAAUUUCUUGAUGGACUAUAAGCUUCUCGAAGCCACGCUUACUGAGAAAUCCAGGCUUCUGAUUCUUUGUUCUCCAUCAAAUCCAACAGGGUCUGUGUACCCCAAAAAAUUACUUGAAGAGAUUGCUAAGAUUGUUGCGAAGCAUCCCAGGCUUUUGGUACUGUCUGAUGAAAUAUAUGAACACAUUAUAUAUGCCCCAGCUGCACAUACAAGUUUUGCAUCUUUGCCAGGCAUGUGGGAGAGGACACUCACUGUCAAUGGGUUUUCUAAGGCGUUCGCAAUGACUGGCUGGAGGCUUGGUUAUAUUGCUGGUCCAAAACACUUCAUUUCAGCUUGUGCAAAGAUCCAGAGCCAGUUUACUUCAAGUGCCAGUAGCAUAGCUCAAAAGGCCGCACUUGCCGCUCUGUCGAUGGGAUAUGCCGGAGGCAAAACUGUCGAGACUAUGGUAAAAGCUUUUAGGGAACGGCGAGAUUUCUUGGUUAAAAGCUUUGGGGAACUGGAGGGUGUGAAGUAUUCAGAACCUGAGGGAGCCUUCUAUCUUUUCAUCGACUUAAGUUGUUAUUAUGGAGCUGAAGUUGAAGGCUUCAGUGUAAUCAAUGGCUCGGAGUCACUUUGCCGAUACCUGCUUGACAGGGCCCAGGUUGCGUUGCUCCCGGGGGGUGCAUGUGGGGAUGACACUUGCAUCCGCAUCUCUUAUGCCUCUUCCCUCGCGACUCUACAGGAGGCUUUCAGGAGGAUUAAGAAAGCACUCCUCACAUUGAGACCUUCUGUCCCGGUUUGAUGAUGACAUAGUUUCCGCAACAUUUUGGGACAACUUGCACUGCUGUACUUCCCAUCGCAAUCAUCUGAUUGAGUAGACUCUGUUGUCGUAAUAUAAUUGUUGUUGUCUCCCCUUGUUUUGUGAAUUAAAACAGCAAUGAUGGAAGGAAUGAUUUAGAUGCAGAUAUAAGAUACAUCCUCUCUUGAAGUGUAUCAUCACAUUUCAUUCUAGAAGAAUAUGUCGUAAUUGGUACUAGUGGCAUUUUUAUCCCAAA